AUGGGACCGCGGGAGCUGCCUGCGGGCGGCGGCGCGGUCGCGGGCGGCGCGGCAAGCGACGCGGCGUGCUCGGACCCCGGGCGGGCCCCGGGCGGCGACGCGAACGCGGGUGGCGCGGCGGGCGGCGGGCAGCUUCUCGAAGGCGUGACGCCGCGGCGCCUGCGGCAGCUUCAACUCACGGCCCUGCUGGAGAAGCAGAAGGUUUCGAUAGCGCAGCAUGCUGCCAUACUACGGGACGAUGCUUAUAUGGAGAGCUGGUAUUUCGAGGAGUUGGCGGCGACGCCAGCUCCGGAGAGCGCGGCCGCCCGGUCCAUGGCGGAGGCGCUGUGCGUCGUCUGCAAGCCGCCGGACGUGCGCGUGGACGUGCCGCGGCGGCGGCCAGACUACUACGCCGCGGACGAGCCACUGCGGCACUUCCCAGAGGAGGUGACCGUGGAGGACUGGUUCCUUGGCAGAUACCGCGGGGAGAAGUUCCGCCUGGUCAACCAGCUCGAUUUCGCCACCAGCGGCAUCUUGGUCCUCGGCAGGACGAAGGAGGGCGCCGCCUGGGCGAGCGCGGCCCUCAGGACCAAGGAGGACGCCACCGCAUCCAGCAGCGACAAGGUCUACGACUGCAUCGUCUGCGGCUCGGUGGUGCCCGCCGAGGGCACGAUCUCGGCGCCGAUACGCGACAGGUGUAAGGGCUCCUUCGAGAGGGUCGUGGACGAGGCCGACGACUGCGAUGCAGGCGCUGACAGAGCAACUCUGAACUGGCAGUUUGCGGAAACGGAGUUCACCGUCCGCAAGCGCGGCGUCUACGCCGGAGGCGUCCCCGCGUCUCUCCUGCGCGUGCAGCUGCGCACGGGCCGGAGGCACCAGAUUCGAGUACACCUGGCGCACAUAGGCCACCCCGUGCUCGGAGACGACACGUACUGCAGGUCCGAGGGUCGCGUGGGGCAGGGGUUGAAGGAUGACAGAGAACUAUACGGCACCGGUGUCAGCAUCACGAGGACAAGGACGCACCGCGGAUGUUUCUGCACGCCAGCGCGUUGGUGCUGCGGGGGUGCGCCGAUAAGGGCAACAAGGAUCCGGUUGCGUUGCGCUACGAGAGCGAGUCCGGCUUCGAGAGCCUCUUACAGGAGGUGAGAAUGGCUGAGUCUGCCUCGACGCUGGCUUGGCUGGGGGAUUCCAAAAGUGCGCUCCUCUCUGCUACCCCCAGGAAUGGCACGAGAGUUCAUCUCAGGCUUUCUUUUGUCCUUAAUCGGCGUUGUGCGUCCAGUGUUUCGAGCUGGCAGCGCGUUUGGUAGCAACUCGGAGCGAGAAGUCGCCGGACCACGCCAACUGUCCGCGCAGGCCGGCCUCUCUCCGUCAUCCCCGCUUGUUUGCUCCCUCG